AUGCCUCGCAGGCGCGCUGCACCUGCACCUGAAGUUGAGGAAGAGGUGCAAGUGGAUCCGGACUGGACGAAGACAUUGCCGGUGGAACUACUCUGCGAGAUAUUCUACCUUCUAGCAUCCACAGACCCUGCGCGCCUCGUUGAGGCUCGAAGAAAUGCGCCAGAAAGAGCUAUACGCAGGAGCGCUCGCGUUAACGCUGGGCUUUCCUCUUCCUGGCGCCUUCGAGGUUGGUUCGUCGUCGCGCAUGUUUGCGCGCGCUGGAGAACUCUCGCACUGGAACAAACCGCUCUUUGGACCAAAAUCGAUAUCAAUCUUGGGCCCAGCUGGGUGGACGCUUUUAUCGCGCGUUGCGACCCAUUGCCCUUCGUAUUCCUGACCAAGCCGAAGACUACCGAGAUCAAAGGUCACAUCGAAGCUCGUCACAUCGUGUUCGCCAAUACUCUUCGCCACCAUGCAUCUCGUAUUCGCCAACUAGAACUCUCGGUACCGUAUCUUGGACCACGCACUGUCGGGCUGCAACCUGACGCCUCGACCCCUCAAUAUCCUUCACAAACAUAUGCUGCUCUUGAGGUCCUCAUCUUACGUGAAGCCCACGUGGGCCUGACGAGUGAAGAAUGGUCCUCGUCCAGAUUUCCUCGCCUCCAGAGGCUAUCUUGUUCCGGUACCCGGUCCAUCCCGUGGAAUAUCGCAACUUUCUCUAACAUCACCCAUCUUGUCGUCAGAGCUUUUUUGCUCAGCGACGGGGAGAAGACAAAAUUGAACACCUGCCUUGCCGAUUUGUCCUCAUUGGAGCAGCUGUAUAUGGAUAGAGCCAUCAUUGAAAGCACGUCGCAUCGCAAGCUACACCUCCCACACGUUCGGUGGCUGGGUUUGCGCGAUAGCAACAGCCGUGUCCGAUCGUUUUUGAACACUCUUGAUGCGCCUUCUCUGCGCACGACAGACCUGUUCUUUACUAAACAUAACGUCACUCACGUCACAUUCAAUGCCCUCCUUUCUUCAGUCCUUACCCAUAUGCCUGCGGAGUCCUUCAAAGAUCUCACCGUCUUUCAAAUGAGCGCAUACCCUCGUAUGCAAAUUUUCCUGGGAGCUUCUCAGCGCGAGGAGGAUGCGGGACUUGUUCGCGUACCUGCCGAGGAUUUCGUGACGAAAGGCGUUCUAGCACGGUAUUGGACGGUAGCCGACCUGGAUAAAUACUACCUUGGAAUCAACGAUGAUGCGAGCACCAACGUUGGCGGUCGCUUGCUGAACUUCUUGGCAGAAGCCGGACGGGUCUUCCAGGAGGCUGAUCACGAAACCGUCGUUCUCCCCUUUCCUAAUGUCCAGACCAUACGUCUCGCCGGUUCUUGGGACUCUCAGGCGCUCUCAAAGGCGCUCUCGGCAAUGUCUGGGGUUAAACACAUCCGCAUCUAUGAGGAUGCCACCUGGUUCGCCUUUUCAUCGGUAAUGAACGACCCUUCAUCAGGAGGGCUAUUUCCCCAACUCGAGACGAUAGCGCUCGCAUACAGCAAUGCCUUAAUGGCCCCAGCCUUUUUACCAUCAGCUUACCCGUUCCCUGGGGAAGCAAAGUUCUCGACCUUCGACCGGUUGAGCGACCUCGUCAGUUAUCGCGCCGAGAUGGGCAUGCCGAUCCGCGCCAUCUACCUUUACCAGGCCGACGCCUUCGUGUCCGCUUUCCAGGCGUACUUCGGGAGCUCUCUCGGUGAUAAGGGGUUGUCGAUGCUGAACAUGAUACAGGAAGACCAGGGGAUGAGGCGAUGGUUUAAUUCGGACAAAAACGUUUACGAUUCGAACGACCCGAAGUGGCGUUAA